CCACUUCCGGAUUCCGGCGCGCGUGUUCUCUCUUUUCCCUCUUCGGUGUCCUAGCUCCAGCUGCAAGUGUGAACAUGGCGUCUCGUAAGGAACCCACCACGGCUGCUGCCGCUGUCGCCGCCACUGCCACCACCCCAGCCGUCGCUGCUGCGGCUGAGAUUCCGGUGAAACAAGUACAGAUAGACGGCCUGGUGGUGUUGAAGAUCAUUAAGCACUAUCAGGAGGAGGGCCAUGGAAGCGAAGUGGUGCAGGGCGUUCUGCUUGGACUUGUGGUCGACGAUCGGCUUGAAAUCACGAACUGCUUUCCAUUCCCACAACACACAGAAGAAGACGCCGAGUUCGAUGAAGUCCAGUAUCAGAUGGAGAUGAUGCGCAGCCUUCGUCACGUCAACAUCGACCACCUCCACGUCGGCUGGUACCAAUCCACCUACUAUGGCACCUUCGUCAGCCGUGCCCUCCUAGAUUCCCAGUUCAGCUACCAACAUGCCAUAGAGGAGUCGGUGGUCCUCAUUUACGAUCCCAUUAAGACGGCUCAGGGCUCACUGUCGCUAAAGGCUUAUCGGCUGACUCCGAAACUGAUGGAUGUCUGCAAAGAGAAAGACUUCAGUGUGGAAGGAUUGAAAAAGGCAAACAUUGCCUUCGAAAACAUGUUCGAAGAGGUUCCCAUUGUCAUUAAGAACUCUCAUCUCAUCAACGUCCUGAUCUGGGAACUGGAUAGAAAGGCACCUGUGACCGAGAAACACGAGCUCCUUAGUCUGUCCAGCAGUAAUCAUCUGGAGAAGAGCCUUCAGCUCCUUAUGGACCGGGUGGAUGAAAUGAGCCAAGACAUUGUGAAAUUCAACACACAUUUGAGAAACGCCAGCAAGCAGCAGCAGCAAAAGCACCAGUAUGUUCAAAGACGGCAACAAGAAAACCUUCAGAGACAAAGUCGUGGGGAGCCGACACUGCCUGAGGAAGACGUGUCUAAACUGUUUAAACCACCUCUUCCACCACCCCGUAUGGAUUCACUUCUCAUUGCAGGUCAAAUUGACACUUACAUCGAGAACAUAAAGGAGUUCACCUCUCAGAACCUGGGAAAGCUGUUCAUGGCUGAAGCUUUACAAGACCAAACUAACUGAAAUAUAGGACCGUUCAAAAACCCGACGGCGCCAAUUGGAUAACUUUUAUUACCAACAUUGAACUUUUAGGAAUAACAAAUAAAGAACUCUUUUAAUGUUCUGGA